AUGAGUCAUCUACUCUGGAAAUACUACUGGGAAAAUGAUGUCGACAGGUUUUGUCGGCUACUGGCUCCGGCCGGUCAUUCCCAUAGUCCCUAUUCGACCAGGAGUCCUGGCCAGGGAGUAGGAAGUCCCGGCGCAUUCGGUAUUUCGCCACGAGUCGCUGCAAGGUCUCGCAAGAUCUCUGCGCAUGGCGCGAGUGCUCUCUCCAAGGCAGAUGUCAACAGUCGUGACCAUGCCGGUCUGACCAUCUUGUUGCGCGCUGCUUCCUCGACAUCCGCCGAUGCGACAGCCUUCAUUGAAGCCCUCCUCGACCAUCCUGCGAUCGACCUUUAUGCGCAAGACCCGGAAAGCGGCUGGAAUGCACUACACCGGGCCCUCUACAACGGGAACAUAUCUGUCGCAAGAUUGCUACUGGAGAAGGAGCGCAGGGACUUGACCGAGUCCGUAGGCCUGAACACCACGACCAAGAUCGGACAGCUCAUCAAAACCAAGGAUAACGAGGGCAACAGUCCUUUCGAUGUCUACAAUGCCUCGAUCGCAUUACGUCAGCUAAGGAUGGCGGGAGACGAUUCAGACUCGGAUUCAGACUCUGGUGCCGACGACGCUGGCGAUAAUGAUGAACACGGUGGUCAUUCUUCGAAGAUGCAUGGCCUCGGUGAGGAGGUAUUCACGUUUGGAAGCAACAGAAACAUGUCACUAGGACUGGGUGAUGAAGACGAUCGACAGUAUCCGGAGCGUGUCCAUCUUAAGCGUCCGGAUCACCUGAUCCGUUACUUCUACGAAAGGUUUUGCGAACAACGAAAAAAGCACCCGACUAUGGAGGAUUCGCUUUCCUCUGAUCUACUCGAGGUACCUGUCUUGAUUCAAAACCGGCCUUUGAUGGUUCAGGACGUAAUCAUGGGCAAACUACAUACAGCAAUCCUGACCACAGACCCGAUCUCGAAUUUGUAUAUUUGUGGUGUAGGACGUGGUGGGCGACUCGGUCUGGGCGAUGAGAAUGCCCAAUUUACCUUUAAACCGGUGCAGAAUGGCCUUCUUGAUAAGAAGGUCACCCAAAUCGCGCUCGGUUUGAACCACUCCAUGGCAGUCACUAGCAAUGGGGAGCUGUGGACUUGGGGUUCAAACAGUCUGUCGCAACUUGGAUACGCACUUCCUCCUCCAUCGAAACCGGACGAAGAACCCAUUAGCACCACGCCACGCCAAGUUUUUGGACCAUUGAAAAAGGAGUUCAUCGUUGGCAUCGCCGCUUCAGCCAUUCAUUCCGUGGCUCACACGGGAUCUGCACUCUAUUGUUGGGGCAAGAAUGCCGGUCAGCUAGCUCUCAUGGACGCAGAUUCUAGGUCCUUGGAGGUUCAAUCCGUUCCUAGAAGGGUGGCAGCAUCACUUUUAUCGACCCAUUCAUCCAUUAUAAUGGUUUCCGCGAUUGACAGGGCGACAACGGUAUUAUUUGAGGACCGCACUGUGUGCGUCUUUACCAAUUACGGCUAUAACAUGAUCAAGUUUCCUUUUCACGACAGUUUCACCAACUCUCCCCUCCAGAGUUCCGGCAAACUGUCCAUGUCUGUGCGUUAUGACACUGGUCGUCGCGAAAUACACUCCAUCACUUCUGGUGGCGAGACGAUUGCGGCUUUGACAGGAAGCGGUGAUUUGUUCACCAUGAGCUUGAACCAUAAGGCUGACGGCAACUUGCCAGCCACAUCAACAACCAAUCCAGCCAAAAUCAAAGAUGCUGUAACCACUCCUCAACUUCUCUGGAAUUCGAGGAAGGAUGGUGCAAAAUCCGUCACAAUCGGCGAGAAUGGUACGCUUAUGAUCUCAACGCAAUCCGGAGCUGUCUGGCGCCGGGUCAAACGUGUCAAGGCGAAAGACACCAAAUCUAUGCAAAUAGACAAGAAGCGCAACGAUUUCAAGUUCCAGCGUGUGCCAUAUAUUACUGGGGUCGUCGGCGUCCGCAGUUCCAUGUUUGGUGCUUAUGCUGCGAUACGCAAAGAUUGUGAUGUCACCCGCAACCAGAUUGAAGUAGACGAUCAGAACCUCUGGCAUGACCUAGCUCCGUUAUGUGUUUUGCGUGGAUUUAAGGCAGCAAAUCCGCGCUUACGUGAGAACAAAGAUACUUGGAAGUUUCAGAAUCCCGAAGUGCUGAAAGGUCGUGUUGAUAGUCUCGGCUAUGAGAUAUUGACAUGCACGGAUCUUGAGGAGGAUUUAGCGACUCAUCUUCAAAGCUGGAAUUUCAAGAAUGAGCCUUUGGGGUUGGUUGUCUGCACGAGUUCGGCACGCGGUCUACAGAUUCCAGUGCACUCCUGGCUUUUGACAGCACGGAGCCACGUCAUCCGUGCUGGCCUUCAACGAUUCCGCGAGACUGGCAGCUAUGACAUACCGGACCUACUUUCGAUCUCGCAGUCGGGCGGUUCUACCGUCAUUGAAUUCUCGGGCAUCGAUCUGAUUGCACUAUUGAAUAUCGUGGUCUACGCAUAUAUUGACAGGGUGAUUCCUGCGUGGAAUUUUACGCGGCAGUCGCCGCCCCUUGCUUACCGAUACCGACAGAUCCGCACGGAUUUGAUGAAUGUCGCUGGUAAACUCGGCAUGGCUAAGCUUGAGCAUUACGUCAGGAUUCAAAGCACGCCAGCGAAGUCUUUGGACCAGGACUUCAGAAAGGCUAUCGAAGAUCCUGCGUUCUUUGAAGAUGGAGAUGCGCUGCUCGAACUGGAUGGUGACGAAAUUCCCGCUCAUAGCUCCUUGCUUUGCCAGAGGUGUCCUUGGUUCCAAGGUCUUUUCAAUGGUCGUUCUGGCGGCAUGUGGUUAGCCAGCCGCCGUGCUGGUCAAGAAGCCUCCGAGAAGACUCCUAUAGAUCUGAAGCACUUUGAUCCGGAAUCCUUUCACUUUGUCCUGCAGUAUCUAUAUGCGGACGUAGGCGAGGAGCUUUUUGAUGAUGUAGUUGCCGACAGUAUCGAUGAUUUCUCGGAGCUUGUCAUGGACGUGAUGAGCAUUGCCAAUGAGCUAAUGCUCGACCGUCUGGCACAAAUAUGCCAACACGCCCUUGGCCGCUUUGUGACCACUCGAAACGUUUCGGUGCUACUGAAUUUGAUGAGCUCCUGCUCAGUUACAGAGUUCAAGGACAAAGGACUGGAGUAUAUCUGCUUACAGAUGGAAACAAUGCUCGAGAAUCAUCUCCUUGACAAUCUAGACGAAGAUCUAUUGUUCGAGCUUGACCAGAUAGUCAGGGACAACCAGCUCGCACGAUGCCCUUUCGCCAAAAGUGGAAGAGCGGAUCUGCUCCUGCAUGAGAGGUAUCCUUUACUAGCUGAAGAUAUUGAGGAAGAGAGGCAGAUUCGAGUGAAGGCAAUAGCCUACAGGACGAUUGCCAGAGAUGACGAAAAGAAGCUUUCAUCUUCAUUUAAAACGAAGUUUGGCAGUGUGGACGACUUGACCGCUGAAUCACCCUCCUUUGAUAGAAACAGGCGGAAGUCGAAGGCCGGUCGAAAUGAACCUUUCAGUCCAGCGCUUCGGCCGAUGGCUUCCAAAGCCGAUCUCAUCUUCGAUAUGGAAGAAGAAGGGUCGAGUGUGGCGAGUCCGUCUUCACCGCCGCGUCCCCUGGACCCAUCACUUAAAGACGAGCUUGAUCAGCUUCCAUCACUCGAAGAAGCUUGGAGCAAUCCAAAGGGCAAAGGAGGAAGAAGCCCACAGGCUCCCUUCACGAGCUCUCCGGCAGGCAGAGCUACUCCAAGCACCACUCCAGCCGGUGCCGCGGUUGAGGGCAGACGAGUAUCCCACGGAGGUAGUCCUUGGGCCCCUGCAGCGUUGUCGACAACGCGUCUAGACCUUAGGGAUAUCAUGGCAGAGUCUAAGCCAACACAAUCAGCCCUCUCUGCUGGUCUGGCCGCAGAGAAAAGCCAAGCUGCCAAGGUUGCACCUCCGAGGAUGUCACAGAAGGAAAGGAAGAAGUUCUUGCAACAGCAAGCGGAUGAGGCUGCUAGGCAAGAAGCAUUGACAGUACAGAAGCCACAAGCUGCUUGGACACAAGUGGGGGAAAAGAAGAGCGUGCCAUGGAAGGCCACCCCUACCGUUCCACAGGCUUCGUUCAAAGCAACGAUGAACCCAGACGCCAAGUCAACGCUCGCACCACCUGGCGCGAAGCCUCUUGUUGCAGCGGAGGCAUCGGGGAUCUCUAUUCCACGACGAGCUGCAUCUCCCGACACUAGAUUCUCGGGACAGACUCGAUCGGGGUCUGGUACUCCUCGCGCAGAUCCAAGUCGAGUAAAUAGUGGUUCAAUUCCGACCACGUCCUCACCAUCCCAGUCUUCUUCGGCUCAGCCAGUCCGGCCUGAUGCUAAGCCCUUGACGCCACAUUCAAAAUCAUACAUCCAGAAGCCACAAAAGCUAGUUGGAAGUCUCAUUGGGUUGGGUUUGGCGGAUAUUAUCGAUCAGGAAAAACGUGAGCAGGAAAGCGUGAAAGAGGCAGUGGCGAAGCGCAACCUAGAGGAGAUCCAACAGGAGCAGGCAUUCCAGGAAUGGUGGGAUGCCGAGACUCGUCGCAUACAAGAUGAAGAAGCAGUGCGGCAAAGUCGCGACAAAAGCAAGGGCGAGAAGAAGCAUGGUGGCGCUCGCAAAGGGCGUGGUGGUAAGCCGAAAGCUGGGCCUGCCAAAGAUCAGAACGGUGCGACAGCUUCCAACACCGAGCAUGCACCGCCAACCACGACCUCUAGAGGCAGGGGCAGAGGUCAUCGAGGUGGCAAAGUGGCAGCACAGCAAGCAUCAUAA